GCUUUUGAUGAUGGGUGGUGGUUCAAUCAAGAACCAGCUCAUUUUCAACACCCUCAUCAUGACAUUUCCUGCCUAAAACCAACAACCUUAUUCUUCCCCUUUUCUCCCAAUCAUUUUUCUCUCUUCUUGAAAAGGGAAAAAAAAAGCAGCUGUUAUAUGCAUUUGUCAAUGCAUCUGAAACAUUGUUGUUAUACCUCUUAGAUAACCUGAAAUCAAUCUCUUUUCUGAUGGGAAUUCCUCUUGAGGGGUGUUUUUGUGUUGCCUGUUGAUGACAUCAAAUCCUGUCAAGAUGCCUGAUUUACGUGAGACAAAGAUGGAGCACAAGUUGUCAGAAGGGGCACACCCUAGUGCUCAUAGUAGCUGUUCAAAUUCAGGAAACAACUCACCAACUCAUCCCAAGAAUGUGAACCAAGAACCAAAAGACACCAGCACAACAACAACAACAACAAAUGUCCACAACUCAGGAAAUGAAACUGGACAUGUGGACCAGGCUUCCAAAACUGAUCAAGCAAAAUUGGAAGGUAAAUCCAGACCCCAGAAGUUAAUUCCACCAAGCAGGAACAUAUCUGAUUUCAACCCUCAACAACAUCAAAGUCCAAGCACAAAUAAGCCUAAUUCAAAUUCUGAUCAUCCUCCUCAUGCAAAGGCAAUGUCUGUGUCUACCCCUCAAACAAAGACUAGUAGUACGAAUAAUCUUCAAGGUCAAGGAAGUGGUGCUAGUUCUCGCAGUGACAGCUUAGAGAGCACAAGUGCACCCAUUAGGCCACACACUGGUGGUGAUGUGAGGUGGGAAGCUAUUAACAUGAUUUCAAGGGUUGGCCCUCUCAAUCUCAGCCAUUUCAGGCUUCUCAAGCGAAUCGGUUAUGGAGACAUUGGAAGUGUGUACCUUGUGGAACUUAAGGGAACAAGGACCUACUUUGCUAUGAAAGUUAUGGACAAGGCAGCUCUUAUAAGCAGAAAUAAGCUUCUGAGGGCACAGACAGAAAGGGAGAUUCUUGGACUCCUUGAUCACCCCUUCCUCCCAACUUUGUAUUCUUAUUUUGAAACUCGUAAGUUCUAUUGUUUGGUCAUGGAAUUCUGUAGUGGGGGUGAUCUUCAUUCUCUUAGACAGAAGCAACCUAAUAAGUGUUUCACUGAAGAAGCUGCAAGAUUUUAUGCUUCAGAGGUUUUGUUAGCUCUGGAAUACUUGCACAUGCUUGGCAUUGUAUACAGAGACUUAAAGCCAGAGAAUCUUCUAGUCAGAGACGAAGGGCACAUCAUGCUCUCAGAUUUUGAUUUAUCCCUUCGCUGCUCCGUCAACCCUACACUAGUCAAGUCUUCUUCUGCCCAUGCAAGCAACAGUAGUAGUGGCAGCAACAACGAUGUUGGCAGCAUAUUAACCGAUGACCAAGCAGUGCAAAGCACUACUCAGGUAUCAAGUUUUUUCCCACGCAUUUUGCCUUCGAAGAAGAACCGCAAGGCAAAGUCAGAUUUUGGCAUACUGGUUGGCGGAGGACGCCUUCCUGAGCUGAUGGCAGAACCCACCAAUGUGCGUUCGAUGUCAUUUGUAGGGACACAUGAGUACCUUGCUCCUGAGAUUAUCAAAGGAGAGGGUCAUGGUAGUGCAGUAGACUGGUGGACUUUUGGGAUCUUCUUGUAUGAGUUGUUGCAUGGAACAACCCCUUUCAAGGGUUCAGGAUAUAAAGCCACACUUUUCAAUGUUGUUGGACAACCACUUAGAUUCCCAGAAACUCCCCAAGUCAGUGCCGUGGCUCGUGACCUUAUUAGAGGGUUGUUGGUGAAAGAGCCUCAGAAGAGAAUUGCAUACAAGAGAGGAGCUACAGAGAUAAAACAACAUCCAUUUUUUGAGGGCAUGAACUGGGCUCUGGUUAGAAGUGCCACCCCUCCCCACAUACCAGAGGUUAUAGAUUUCUCAAAGUAUGCUAGCAAAGACACAGCACCCCCACCAGACAAGAAGAUGGCAGAUAUUGCUAAUGAUAAACACAGCAACAGUGCUACUGAUUCUUACAUAGAAUUUGAGUAUUUUUAGCAGUAAAAGUCCUAUGGAUAAAAAAUAUAUUUCUUUGACAAGAAUAUAUUGUACAAAGUGUCACCUCUUCCCCCCAAAAGAAAAUUGAAGACAUCUGAGAAAUAUACAUUGUAAACAAGCAUGUAAAUUCGUUCAAAAACAUUCUUUUUUCCCUAUGUUUUUUUGACAAUGUCUUUAAUACUGGUUGUAAGGACUUCCAAA